GGUGAGUAUGACGCCAUGUUGAACCAGCUGUUAAGAACCACAACAACAAUGGCCGAGGCUCCUGCUGACAACACUCAACCUCUCAAGUAUUCUAUCCACAAAUUCUCCACUUAUUCUUCCAAUUAUGUUCCCGAAAAUAUCCUCGAAGAUAAACCAAAUGAUCAAGGAUCUCGGUGGUCGUCUGAUUCUAAUAACCCUCCACAGUUUCUUAUCCUGAAGCUUGAGAGACCAGCAGUUCUGAAGACUAUAACCUUCGGCAAAUAUGAAAAAACUCAUGUAUGCAAUAUCAAGAAAUUUCGUGUAUAUGGUGGACUCUCCGAUGACAACAUGAUACUCUUAUUGGAAAGUGGUUUAAAAAAUGACACAGUUCCUGAGACAUUCCUAUUAAAACAUACCGUCUCAGGGCACCAGUUUCCCGUCCGAUUUGUGAAGAUUGUACCACUUCAAUCUUGGGGUUCAACAUUCAACUUUAGCAUCUGGCAUGUAGGUCUCCGUGGUUGUGAUGAUUGGGCUGUGGUACAGAAGUGUAUCAACUGGUAUACAACAUACCGAGAACGAGAAGCUAUUCGGCUGUGUCUGAAGCACUUCCGCCAACACAACUACACUGAGGCAUUUGAAUCCCUAGAAAAACGAACUCGGGUAACUUUAGAAGAUCCUCGGUUGACACAGCUUCAUAAACUGCUUGUGGAAAAUGGAGACUUCGAUGCAUGUGAAGAACUUAUUAGCCAGGCAGCCCAGGAAGGGCUGUUUCAACAAUAUAUUAGUCAGCAGGAGUACAAACCUCAAUGGACCCCAAUCAUUCCUUCUCCUGGAGGCUCUGCCAGUAGUCGUCAACGGCCAGGUAUGAGAGGAGGCCACCAAAUGUGUAUCGACACCAAUACACAGACUAUAUACUUAUUUGGUGGAUGGGAUGGAAUGCAAGACCUAAGUGAUUUAUGGUCUUAUCACAUACCAUCCCAAGAGUGGACUUGCAUUACCAGAGACACUAAUGCUGAGGGUGGUCCUAGUGCUCGUUCCUGUCACAAGAUGUGCCUGGAUUCUGAUCGGCGGCAGAUCUUUACACUUGGUCGUUAUUUAGAUUCUGCCCUACGUCUCCCAGAAAACCUUAAAAGUGACUUCUACAUGUAUGACAUUGAGAAUAACAAAUGGACUCAAGUUACUGAAGACACAGCAGCUUUGGGAGGUCCACGACUUAUCUUUGACCACCAGAUGGUGAUGGACGUUGAGAAGCGGAUUAUUUAUGUCUUCGGAGGACGUGUUCUCACCCCCUCAAGAUGGGAGGGGCUCGGGUUGGAUGAACAACGAAGUAGUAACUACACUCCUAGUGAAGCUAUUUUCUCUGGUCUUUAUGCCUACCAUGUAGCCACCAACACAUGGACCAAAUUAAGGGAAGAUUGUUCAGACAACUCCUCUGGGCCUCAAGACAUCAAAUCUCGCAUAGGCCACUCUAUGCUCUUUCAUAGUGGAAAUCGUCAGCUUUUCAUUUUGGCUGGUCAGAGAAAUAAAGAAUACCUGACAGAUUUUUUCAUGUACAAUAUAGACACAGAUACAGUUAGCUACAUAAGUGACGGGACACGCAAGGACUCAUCUUCUGUUCCUGCUGCAGGCUUUACUCAAAAAGCAACCAUAGAUCCUCACCUUAAUGAGAUACAUGUUUUAUCAGGCCUUAGUAAAGAUAAAGACAAAAGAGAUGAAAACGUUCGGAAUUCAUUCUGGGUGUAUGAUAUAUCUCAAAACAAAUGGUCAUGUAUAUACCGCAAUGAGCAAACUGGAGAGUCUUACUGGAGUAAAAUGCAGCAUGUAGAGCCAUGUCCUCGAUUUGCUCACCAGUUAGUUUAUGAUGACACGAAAAAGGUUCACUACUUAUUUGGCGGUAACCCAGGUAAAGCUUCUCUUCCCAAGAUGAGACUGGAUGACUUUUGGUCAUUGAGGUUAUGUCGUCCCUCAACACAACAGCUUUUACACACUUGUGUCCUCCUUAUCCGGAAACACAGGUUUAGUGAAUUAGCUCGGGAUAACUCAGUACUAGCAUUGAAGUAUCUUCAAACUAAACUUCACAGUGCUGUUGACCAUUCUGACCCACAACAAGUCCAAGAAUUCCAAGCUCUUGCCACAACUCUGUUUCAGCCCCACGAAGACUCAAUAUUUGGUCAAGGACAUUCCUUAUCAGAAGAUGAAGACAGCAGUUCAAACUUGUUUGGCACUGAUCUGGGGUGGCAGCACAGUACUCGUUCACAGUUGUUUGAUCAGCUAACUCAGUUUUUCCCUGAGCACAUGACGCAACCUAGAGGAAACUUGGUCGACCUAAUACCUUACUGAUCAACGUCACUCUUGAUAUAUCUUGAAGAAAAGGUAGUACUCACAAUUGUGGCAUAUUCCUAUUUUAUGUAACAACCAAAACUAGAAUUCUUGCCCUGUAGGCUAGUAAUAUAUUCACUGUUGCCUGUAAAACUAGAAUUUAAAAACUCUUGAUUUUUUAUUUUUUAUUUGUCUUAAAAAGUCAUGAGAAUAUUGAGCUUCUGUAAGUUUUCUUCAAGUAACAUAUUUGUGCAAAUCUAGUUGCUGUAUAAGGUACAUUAAGCACACUAUGAAGUACAGUAUCAAAAUUACAUUACCUCUUCUCUUUUUCUUAAAUAUAUUAUGUAUUUGUUUCCUCUAAAAAUCUAAGUAUAAUUUUUCUUAAAUUUUUUUUUAACAAUUGUUUAGCUGUAGAUGUGAGUGUUUUACACCACACACACACAUGCACACACACACACACAAAUUUAAUUAUGCAAACAUAAUUGUGCUUACACCAAUGUAUACAUAUAUUAACAUAUACAUUAGAACACUUUUGUAUUGCUGUUAGAAUGUAAAUAAUAUCUUUGUUUUUGGUGUGUGAGACAUGUUGAAGACAGUUCUCUAGUUACCCAUGAUAAAUUUCUGUGCAUUUACUUCCAGUGAAUUUUUCCUUAAGUGAGAUCUUAUGUAUAUAAUAGACAGUCCCUCCUUAACAAAAGGGUUGAAUUUCAAGAAACGAGUUUACAGUGAAUUAUCUGUUUCUAUACAUUUCUAUUAUGUCAAUUGAGGUAUGUGCCAGGUAAAGGAAUGUGUUGUCCCAAAAAUGUAAGAAAAGGAAGUAUUAACCAAGAAAUAUAAAAAUUACUUAGUGCUGUAGAUAUUAACAUUCACCUGAGAUGGAAAAGAAAGCUGCAUAUCAAGGCUUGGUGGUGAAACUUGAAGGUUGAGUGCAAGUUGGAGGUAAGUAGAUGGCAUAAAAUAUUCGGUUUUGUUUUAAAGCAAUGCCCUUCCUAUUAGUUUUUGUAACACUACAUUUCUCAUCUCUCAGAGGCCUCUUGCAAUUACUUUGGGAAGUUGGAAUGCAAAUUAACUUCACCUUUGGAAAAUGCUAUUGUAACACACGCAACCACUUAAGUGGGAACGAAUGGAUUUGUCAGUUAAAAACAGAGUAGGGGAGUUAGUAGAUGGAAAGCUGGAGAUAUUGGGUAGAUGGGCAGAAUAUUUUGAGGAACUUUUAAAUGUCGACGAAGAAAGGGAGGUGGUAAUUUCAUGCACUGGCCAGGGAGAUAUACCAACUUUUAGGAGUGAAGAAGAGCAGGAUGUGAGAAUGGGGGAGGUGCGUGAGACAUUACGUAGAAUGAAAGGGGGUAAAGCAGCUGGAACUGACGGGAUCAUGAAAAUGUUAAAAGCAGGAGAAGAUAUAGUGUUGGAGUGGUUGGUAUUUUUGUUUAAUAAAUGUAUGAAGGAGAGGAAGGUACCUAGGGAUUGGCAGAGAGCAAGUAUAGACCCUUUAUAUAAAGGGAAGGGGGACAAAAGAGAUUGUAAAAAUUAUAGAGGAAUAAGUUUACUGAGUAUACCAGGAAAAGUGUAUGGUAGGGUUAUUAUUGAAAGAAUUAGAGGCAAGACAGAAUGUAGGAUUGCGGAUGAGCAAGGAGGUUUUAGAGUGGGUAAGGGAUGUGUAGAUCAAGUGUUUACAUUGAAGCAUAUAUGUGAACAGUAUUUAGAUAAAGGUAGAGAAGUUUAUAUUGCAUUUAUGGAUUUAGAAAAGACAUAUGAUAGAGUGGAUAGGGGAGCAAUGUGGCAGAUGUUGCAAGUGUAUGGAAUAGGUGGUAAGUUACUAAAUGCUGUUAAGAGUUUUUAUGAGGAUAGUGAGGCUCAGGUUAGGGUGUGUAGAAGAGAGGGAGACUACUUCCCAGUAAAAGUAGGUCUUAGACAGGGAUGUGUAAUGUCACCAUGGUUGUUUAAUAUAUUUAUAGAUGUAGGUUGUAAAAGAAGUAAAUGCUAGGGUGUUUGGGAGAGGGGUUGGAUUAAAUUAUGGGGAAACAAAUACAAAAUGGGAAUUGACACAGUUACUUUUUGCUGAUGAUACUUUGCUUAUGAGAGAUUCUAAAAAAAAAUUGCAAAGGUUAGUGGACAAGUUUGGGAGGAUGUGUAAAGGUAGAAAGUUGAAAGUGAACCUAGAAAAGAGUAAGAUGAUGAGGGUAUCAAAUGAUUUAGAUAAAGAAAACUUGGAUAUCAGAUUGGGGAGGAGGAGUAUGGAAGUAGUGAAUGUUUUCAGAUACUUGGGAGUUGAUGUGUCAGCAGAUGGAUUUGUGAAGGAUAAGGUUAAUCAUAGAAUUGAUGAAGGAAAAAAAGGUGAGUGGUGCAUUGAGGUAUAUGUGGAGACAAAACAUUAUCUAUGGAGGCAAAGAAGGGAAUGUAUGAAAGUAUAGUAGUACCAACACUCUUAUAUGGGUGUGAAGCUUGGGUUGUAAAUGCUGCAGCGAGGAGGCGGUUGAUGGCAGUGGAGAUGUCCUGUCUAAGGGCAAUGUGAGGUAUAAAUAUUAUGCAGAAAAUUUGGAGUGUGGAAAUUAGGAGAAGGUGUGAGAGUUAAUAAAAGUAUUAGUCAGAGGACUAAAGAGGGGUUGUUGAGGUGGUUUGGUCAUUUAGAGAGAAUGGAUCAAAGUAGAAUGACAUGGAGAGGGUAUAAAUCUGUAGGCAAGGAAGGCAGGGUAGGGGUCGUCCUCGAAAAGGUUGGAGGAAGGGGGUAAAGGAGGUUUUGUGGGCGAGGGGCUUGGAUUUCCAGCAAGCGUGCGUGAGUGUGUUAGAUAGGAGUAAAUGGAGACGAAUGGUAUUUGGGACCUGACGAGCUGUUGGAGUGUGAGCAGGGUAAUAUUUAGUGAAGGGAUUCAGGGAAACCGGUUAUUUUUACAUAGCCGGACUUGAGUCCUGGAAAUGGGAAGUACAAUGCCUGCACUCUAAAGGAGGGGUUCGGGAUAUUGGCAGUUUGGAGGGAUAUGUUGUGUAUCUUUAUACGUAUGUGCUUCUAAACUGUUCUGUUUUGAGCACCUCUGCAAAAACAGUGAUUAUGUAUGAGUGAAGUGAAAGUGUUGAAUGAUGGUGAAAGUUUUUUCUUUUUGGGGAUUUUCUUUCUUUUUUGGGUCACCCCUCCUCGGUGGGAGA